ACACGGCUUAUAAGAGAAGCCAUGAAGAGUUUCCAUGAAAAUACUUGUAUUCGAUUUAUAGAGAGAACCAAUGAAAAAAAUUUCAUAAAAAUUUUCAUGGAUAUUGGAUGUUACGCUUCAGUGGGUCGAGAUAAAGGCGAACAUUCCGUAUCACUGUCAGAUGGUUGCAUGUAUUUUGGAACUAUUGUUCAUGAAUUGAAUCACGUUGUUGGGUUUUAUCACGAACAGAAUCGACCCGACAGAGAUGAAUACAUAAGAAUAUUUUGGGAGAAUAUAAAGCCACAUAUGGAAUCUCAGUUCGUUAAGUUUACGCCAUAUCAAAUGAGAAUAUUAAAUGAUUUUGAUUAUGAUUCUAUAAUGCUGUAUGGAGAAAGAUUUUUCUCAAAGGACGAGCACAGCAAAACUAUGGUAGCUUUAAAACCAGGUGUGAGGCUCCGUGGCGUCAAAGAAAGAUCAGGGUUGAGCAAAAGUGACAUUUUUCGUAUAAAUACUUUAUAUAAUUGUAAUAAU